GGGGCAAAGGAAGUCAAGUGGUUAUGGAGGCGGACACACUCGAGAAAAAGCUUUUAUUUUGUGCCAAAGAGGGCAGUCGCGCUGCUAUUCAGAAGCUCCUUGAGUCGAGAGUCGACCAAAGCUGCUCUCUCGACGUGAACUGCAGAUCCAAGUCCAAAACCACCUCGGGAUGGACUCCCCUCCACCUGGCCUGUUACUUUGGACACAGGGACGCUGUGGAGGAGUUGCUCAAGGCAGGUGCUGAUGCAAAUGUCCAGAAUAACAUGGGUGACACGCCUCUACACAAGGCAGCCUAUACUGGAAGAAAGGAGAUCGUGUUGCUGCUCCUGCGGUAUGACGCCUGUUCCAACAUAAUCAAUGGAACCGCUCAAAUCCCUAAAGAUGUCACAGUGGAUGAUGAAGUCAUAACAAUGCUGGAGGCUGCAGAGAGAAGAGCGAUGAGGCGGCGGGAGGAGAAUCUUCUGGAAGCAGCCAGAGAGGGGGACACCUCCACUCUGUCUAAACUGCUCAGUGGAAAAGAAGCUCCAGAUAUUCACUGCAGGGACUCGGUGGGGAAUACGCCCCUACACUGUGCAGCCUACAGGGGGCAGAAGCAGUGCAUUAUAAAGUUGCUCAAGUCUGGAGCCAAUCCCAGUAAUAAAAACAACAAUGACCAGACGGCAUUAGACCUGGUCCGCAGUGUUAAACUGAGACCGAUCCUCGCAGCCUAUCAAGACAAGGAUGUGAGCAGUGGGAUGCAGAAGAUUGAAGGCCCUCUUUGGAAGAGUUCACGCUUUCUUGGAUGGCGAUCCCACUGGGUGAUAAUUGAGGAUGGAACGCUCUCCUGGUAUCCCAGACAGGCAGAUGCGCUGGCUGGUGUCAGAAGACAGGGCUGUAAGUCUCUAACACGAGCCUACUGCAUGGUCAAACCAUGGGAUCAUUGCUUCUUCGUGCUCCGGUGCUUUGACGACACUGUACAUUAUUUUAAGGUCUCCUCAAAGACGGAUUCGGUGGCUACGAGAAAAAGAUGGUUGGAUGCUCUCGAGGCUCAUUCAUCAUAUAGCACACGCCACUGUACCCGGGAAGAGAUCAUCAACCAUGCAGGUGGUGAUAGCCGCGUGACGAAUCUGUCACAAGCCCUUCAGGCAGCCAGCGCUUCCCAGCAGAAAUUGGCGAGUGAAGUGUCAAUAUUUCUAUCCAUGGGGAAGAAUGAAGAGAAUUAUGCAUUGGCUGCCCCUCUUUUACUGAAAGCCAAAGAGACCAGUGAGCUCUCCAGUGAAACCUGCGCUGCGCUCCAUCUGUGCCUUGAACUGCUGUCAAAACAGGAGGAGGUGUGGAGCCUGAAGUGCGAGCAGGAGGUGGAGAAGAACAAAGCUCUGACGGAGGCCCUGCAGACGUUGGCCACUGAGCACCACGAUCUCAAGCACUCCCUGUGCAAGAGCCGAAGGUCGUCUACUCUCAGCACCCUCACUGAAGAUGACUUCUAUGACGCCGUGUCAGAGUCGGAUUCGGAGCUCUCGGUGAGCGGCUUCCUGUCUGUGGCCAGUCACUCCUGUGAAGAGGACGAGGGGAGAGACGCCCCCCUUCUCAGCAGCCUCCGCCAUCCCAGCGCUCUCGGGGGGCCUACCGGAAUGUCAGGGGAGAGUAACCAUGGCAACCAGCACAAUGGAGUCAAGAAGCACAGGACAUCUCUACCGACUCCCAUGUUCUCGAGGAAUGACGUCAGCAUCUGGAGUAUCCUGAAAAAAUGCAUCGGCAUGGAGUUGUCAAAGAUUGCCAUGCCUGUGAUAUUUAAUGAGCCUCUGAGUUUCCUUCAGCGGUUAACGGAAUACAUGGAGCACACCUACCUCAUCCACCAGGCCAAUGCCGCAACAGACUCCGUGGAGAGGAUGAAGUGUGUUGCAGCAUUUGCUGUCUCUGCUGUAGCAUCGCAGUGGGAGAGGACUGGGAAACCCUUCAACCCACUACUGGGGGAGACCUAUGAGCUCAUCAGAGAAGAUUUAGGCUUCAGGUGGGUGUCGGAGCAAGUAAGCCAUCACCCUCCAGUCAGUGCCUUCCAUGCUGAGGGCCUCAAUGAGGACUUUGUCUUCCAUGGCUCCAUCUACCCGAAACUCAAGUUUUGGGGGAAGAGCAUAGAAGCUGAGCCCAAAGGACUCAUCACACUGGAGCUGCCCAAACAUAAUGAAGCCUACACCUGGACCAACCCCACCUGCUGCGUCCACAACAUCAUCGUUGGUCAGCUCUGGAUUGAGCAGUAUGGCAGCGUGGAAGUGAUCAAUCACAAGACCGGAGAGAGAUGCAGCAUGAUGUUCAAGCCCUGUGGCCUCUUUGGGAAGGAGCUACACAAAGUGGAGGGAUACAUCCUAGAUAAAAGCAAAAAGAAGCUCUGUGCAAUAUACGGCAAAUGGACAGAAUCUCUAUAUACAGUAGAUCACGUUACCUUUGAUGCCCACAAAAAGAGUGACAAAAAGAGUUCGGAUGAAAAGAAAGACAACAAGCGGAGCAGUGUGGAUGAGGAGCCAGAGGAGAUGCCUCCAUCUGAUGCCGAGACCGUCCAGGUCAUCCCCGGCAGUGAGCUCAUCUGGAAGAUAACGCCGCGACCAGAUAACUCAGCCAGGUUCUACGCGUUCUCCACGUUCGCCAUGCACCUGAACGAGCAGGACGAGAGCAUGGAGGGAGUCACGCCCCCGACUGACAGUCGCUUCAGACCGGACAUCUGCGCCAUGGAGAAUGGAGAUAUCGAUUUGGCGAGUUCCGAGAAGAAGAGACUCGAGGAAAAACAGAGGAUGGCCCGGAAGAAUCGCACCAAAUCACCCGACGACUGGAAAACGAGGUGGUUUCAGCAAGGACAAAACCCUCACAACAAAGCUCAGGAUUGGCUCUACUUGAACGGCUACUGGGAGAGGAGCUUCACUCAGCUGCCUGACAUCUACUAAUAAGUAGAAAUACGUGGAUAUCUACUUUUGCUACCUUUUUGGACGUUAUCUGCUCUGGUUUGUAACGAUGUCACAGAGCUGAUACAGAACAGCAGAUAGGGUCGAGGAAAUGUGCUUGAAAAAUGUCUCAAAGCAGUCAAAAGGCAGAACACUGAGUGAACACCAGUGGCAUAUAUUCUUUUUCGUAGAUGUGUGUGUGUGUGUGAACCGUGAAGCACAAAAACUCUUACGUUCGUUAAUUGUGGUGCUCGACCACUUGUGUAUGCUAUAGGCAUGUGUUGGAAAAACUAGAAUAUAUAUAUAAAUGAGUGUGUUGUCGGUGCGGAAACCUUUUACUCGUCAGCUUCAGUGCACAGACCUCACAAGGCCCAACGGAGGGCAUGAAGAUGCAUCGGUUAUUUAACUCUGACACCGAUUGUACUUGUACAAAGUAUCCAAAUGGACCAUGUCUGCAUAGUCUGCUGCAAAGAUGACGGCAAGUAAAAUGUUACCACAUCUGACGAGAACUGUGGCCAGUACCACAUCAAUAAAAUCAACAAUACAUUAAACGUUUAAAAUAUAGCACUAAGCUUGAAACCAUGAGUUGUUCCGAUGUGUAUUGAUAACGGCGUUGCACAUAAGUCUACCUGACACUGUGCACACUAGUGUUUUUUUUCUAACCUAGAGAUUUGUGUGUGUGUAAAAGUUAAGUGUAAUUAGCUGUUAUACUAAUAUAUUUCAAAUGUAACUAUCUCACAAUAACUGCAUGUGCAUCACUAUAACUAUGCAAGCCUUACCUCCUUCACGAUCAAGCACUGAAAUUCCUUUUCUCAUGUUGUGGAUAGCUGCUGUUUUUCUUCCUGUUGUCACUCUUUUUGGGUAUUAAAAUGGAAUUUCUAUUGUUGCUAAUGAAAGCUUAAUACGUUUAUACGUUCUUUUGUGCAAUUUGCUGUAAUUUUAGGUAAACGUCUUCAUUAGAUUGGUGUCUGUUGGAUUAAGGUGUUACAAGUUGAGUGGCAUUGUAAAUGUUGAGAUGUUACUAUAUGCUGUCAACCCCACUGCCCUGCUUAGACAGAUCAUAACAUUUGUCUCAACCUUCCUAUUUACGGGAUUUGUCACCAAAUUAUGCAGACUGUUUCUCACAAUCCAUCUAUUGGGAUCAGAAAAAUCAAGGUUGAAAAUUCCUGGCAGUAAUUAUAUGUGGCUAUAUUUAAGAAUUAGUGUUUCUAAUAUAUUUGUAUCAUUGAGGGUUGACUAAUUACAGUACAUUUGUUUUAUAAUGCAAUAAAUAUUCCCUGCUGCUCA